AUGAAUAAUUAUUUUGAAAACUUUGAUGAACUAUUAAAAGAAUUAGAUUUAAAAAAUUAUGUUUCCUUUGUAAAAAAAUGUUUUAAAAAUGGAAUAAAAAAAAAUGAAGAAAGUAUUUGUGCUCAAGAUUUAAGAAAUUUAGCAAAGUGUUUACCAAGAGUAUCAGGUGUUUGGUAUGAUUUGCAUAAAAAUAGUUGGGAAGCUAGAUGGUCAGAGGGAACAAAAUCUGCAAGGAAAUAUUACUCAGUUCAAAAAUUCGGUUUUCAUGAAGCUAGAAAAUUAGCUAUAAAAACAAUAAAGACAAAAGAAAUUAAUUAUUUAUAUAAUAGUAUAAAUGAAGAUUUUAAUAAACCUUUAAAAUGGAGUUUAAAUAAUGAAUUUUUAGAGAUGAAUCAUGAUCCAACAAUAAAUUUAAAAAAGAAAUGCCGAGCAAAAAAUUGUAAAAUAAAAGAAAUAAAAAUAAAAAAAGAAAGUAAUAAUAUCAAUAAAAAAAUGAAAAAUGAAAAAAAAAAUAACCAAACAAAAAACACUAAAGAAAACAGUUCUCUAAAUACUAUUUCCAAAAAAAAUGAAAAUUCUGAAAUAAAAAAUCAGAAUAAUCCUAACAAUGAAGCAAAUAAUAUAAAACACACUGAAAAGAGAACUAACAAUAAAAUUACAGUUAAAAAUGAGGAAAAUAUUAAAAAUAAUUACAAUAAUACAAAUGAUAUAAAUAAGCAUACUAAAAAUAGUUGUUUAAAAGAGUCCAACAUAAGCCCAAAUAAUAAUUAUGAAAAAACUAAUAAUGUUAAUCAUAUAAUUAUAAAUGAUAUUGCAAAUGAUCAUGAGGAUCAAAAUGAUACCUUAAAAUGUUCAGAUAUAUAUAUAAAUGAAAAAAAUUUGGUAAAUAAAAAUAAUAGCGAUGUUAUCAAUGACAAUAAAAAAAGUAAAUCAAAAGAGAAUACAUACAAUAUCAGGAAUUAUAAUAACAUUUUAAAUAACACUUUAAUUGAAACGAAUAAAAUUAAUAAUACUGCUAUUAACCUUAAUAGUAGUACAACUAUUAAUAGUAACUAUUUAAAUGAAAUUAAAAAUGACAGAAAUGUUGUAAAAGAGAAGAAUAUAAUUAAUAAUACAGUUAAUCAAUACUGCAAGAAUGAUAAAAUAUGCAAUACUUAUAACGAAAAUAAUAAUAAUAAUAAUAAUAACAAUAAUAAUUAUUGUAAAAAAGAGAAAAGUUAUAAUAAAGAAAAUAAUAAAACAAAUUUAAUAAAAUUUCCUUGUGAAAAAAUUUUAAGUUAUAUAUUAUAUCACAAUAAACCUUAUUCUAAAAAUAAUUUUUAUAAUAAACAAAUAGAUCUAUUAAAAAUUAACAUAAAACAAGCAAAAAAUAAUACUAUAUAUAAAGAAAAGGCUUCAAUUAAUGAAAGGAAAAUAAGCAUUGACUCUGGCACAUUAAAAAAACCUAACACCAAUGAUAAAAAUAUGUGUAUUAACAAUAAUACAAUUUGUGUAAAUAAGAUAAAAAAUGAUAGUUCUGACCUUUUCUUACAUAAAAAUAAAGAAUGCAAUUAUUAUGAUGAUCUUAAGAAUAUUCAGAAUAAAAAAAAAAUGAGAAAUAGUUCAGAUUUAUUAAAUGAUAUGCAUUAUAAACUAACUUGUAAUAAUAACGAUGAUCACGAUAACAAUGGUAUUAUUUUUAAGAGUGAGAAUUUUUCAUCUAACCAAAGUAUUCCUUUUACUACUAGUAAAACAUUAAAUAACAUUUCAAAAAAGAAUGUUUGCAAAGAAGAUAUAUUAAAGGAAAAUAAUAUUUCUAAUUCAUGUAGUAACAUAUGUGAUAAAAAAAAUACAUGUAACUGUAAUGAAAAAAAAGAAAAAAAUGAAAAAAAUGAAAACUGUGUAAAUUUAAAUUUAAAAGAUUCUAUAAAUUCUGAUACUUUAAGUAUUUUUAAAAAUGCAAUAAAUUUACUUUUAAAGGACCUCAAAUAUAAAUGUGUUCCACAUUUUGAUAAGCAAUUUUUAAAUAUAGUAGAAAUUAUUGAUAAUCAUUUAAGUUAUGUAAAUUCUAUUUUUAAUGAAAAUUUUUUAAUCACAUAUGUACACUUAUUUGAUAUUUGUGUAUCUAAUAAUAUAUUACCUAGUCAAAUGGAUCAAAAGAUACAAAAGGUUUUUUGUAAUGCUUUGAUAGCUUUUCAUAUUUUAUUAUUCAAUUUUCACAAAGAAAAAAAAAAUUAA